AUGCGGCCGUUCACGAUAUUGGGGCUGAUGGCAGGCUACACGUUGUUUGUGACGCGUCUGGGCCCCUGGAUGAUGCGCGACCGGAAGCCUUUUAAACUCAAAAGGACACUCAUCGUGUACAACGCCCUGCAGAUCUUCGCCAACGCCUACGUCUUCUACAUGGGUAUGUCUCAGUUUUGGCUUGCGACCUACAGUUGGCGGUGCGAACCUAUUGACUAUUCAAAUUCAUCCAGCGCCUUAGAGGUUGCCGACCUAUUGGACACCAUAUUUUUCGUUCUUCGCAAGAAAAACAACCAAAUCUCUUUCCUGCACGUGUAUCACCACAGUAACAUGGUGCUUGUAAGUUGGUGCGCGCUCAAAUAUUUUCCAGGAGGUCACGGGACAUUUUUGGGUUUGUUCAACACGUUUGUGCAUGCUUGCAUGUACACCUAUUACCUCAUUGCGGCAGUAUACCCUCAUAAUAUCUGGUGGAAGAAGUACGUGACACAGCUUCAACUG